CUUGACAGCGGUCUCUUUCCAACACUCAGCAUAUGCCGCCGUGUAGAGCGAGAGCGUAGAGCCCUGCUGCCGUCAUUGUACAAACAAGGCACAGCCUUCCGAGUCUCGGAGCAGUCGACGGGUCGGAACCAACCGGCGCCAUUAGUCUCAACGAACCUGUACGAACGUGAACUGUGUCCGAUUUUCGCUUGUUUAUUUCAACCAUCGAUCGUGAUAAAACAUCCUAUCUGCGCAGUGCAAAGAGUUCGUCUCGCCAUGACGUGGCUAUGUGGGGGGGCGGUGGUGCUGCUGGCCGUGGCGGCGCUGGCCGCGGCCGGCACCGCCGCGCCGGAGCUGUAUGACGACUACGCGGAGCGCGAGCAGGUGCUGUUCAGCGAGGACAAGGCGUGCCCGCGCGACUGCAUCUGCACCGUCUCGCAGGGGUACCGCAUCGCCAAGUGCAGCCGCCUCGAGGUCGGCGUGCAGAAGUUCGGCGAUGACAUCACCGACCUGGUGGUCGAGAACGCGCGCUUCCCCAUCGACCUCGACGACCUCAUCUUCUACAAGCUCGGCCUGCACCAGGCGGCCACCGUGAAGAUCGUGAACAGCACCGUGCGCUCCGUGAGCCCCACCGCCUUCCUCGGCCUGCACGAGCUGUACGCCGUGAACCUCAGCAACAACCGCCUGCGCGCGCUGCACCCGGAGACCUUCGCCGCCAACAAGAAGCUGCUGCUGCUCACGCUGGCCGGCAACCCGCUCAAGUUCCCCGCGCCCGGCAGCCGCGACUACUUCCUGAACGCGAGCUCCGUGCAGGAGCUGGACGUGUCGUACUGCAACAUGCAGCAGCUCACGCCGCACGCGCUGCAGCAGCUGCGCGGCCUCAUGUACCUGAACCUGGCGGGCAACGCGCUGGCCGAGCUGCACGCCGACACGUUCCGCCGCCUGCUGGACCUGGAGGAGCUGGACCUCAGCGACAACGCGCUGGCCGCGCUGCCCGACGACGUGUUCCGCGACAACACGGAGCUGGCCACGCUGCACGUGCAGCGCAACCCCAUCGACACCGUGUACGGGCUGCAGGCCGCCGACCUGCUCACGCUCAACGCCGGCCAGACGCACAUCCGCUUCGUGGGGCCCUCCAUGUUCAACGGCAUGACCUACAUCGCCAACCUCAACCUGAGCGGCAACAGCAUCGAGAAGAUCCACAACCAGGCGUUCCACAAGCUGGUGGAGCUCAACUACCUGGACCUGUCCUACAACGACCUGGACUUUGUGUCGAGCAUCCUCAUCAAGGAGAACAUGGAGCUGGACAUCUUCAAGAUCUCGCACAACCCGCGGCUGCGGCGCCUGCCCGAGCGCGGCUUCGAGUGCAUGGCGGAGCAGUUCAACAUCUACCUGUUCGACGCGUCGCACUGCGGGCUGGACGCGCUGCCCGAGGACUCGCUCAGCACCUUCACGGCGCUGUCGCAGCUCAACCUGGCCGGCAACCGCCUGGCCGCGCUGCCGCCGCGCGUGUUCGCGCGCUGCCCCAAGCUCGUGGAGCUCAACCUGGCCGACAACCGCCUCGAGACGCUCGACCCGCACCUGUUUGACAACAACAAGGAGCUGGGCAAGCUCACGCUGCGCGGCAACCCGCUGCGCGCGCUGUCGGCCGCGCUGCUGGGCGCCGCGCCCGCGCUGGCGUGGCUAGACGCGAGCCGCACGGCGCUGACCGCGCUGUGGGAGGACAAGCCGCGCGCCGGCAAGUUCCUCGCCAACCUCAGUUACCUGAACGUGUCGGAGUGCCGGCUGACGGCGCUGCGCGUGCGCGACGUGGCGGGGCUGGCGCGCCUGCGCACGCUGGACGCCGCGCGCAACCCGCUCGCCUGCAGCCAGGACUUCGAGGCGCUCAUGGGCUGGCUGAGCGCGCACGGCGUGUCGCCGGCCGCCGCGCCCGCGCUCAGCAGCCUGGCGCAGGCGGCCGAGCAGCCCGCGCCCGCCGCGCAGUGGCAGCAGCUCACGCGCGACGUGUGCGGCGCCGCGCCCCCCGCGCCCGCGCCCACCACCGCCUCCCCCGCCGCCGCCGCCGCCGUGUCCGACGAGGAGAUCUGGGAGAGGAUCGACGAGGACGCGCUCGGUAACUUCGACCUGAAGGACACGCUGGACGACGGCAAGCUGGCCGCCGCGCCCGCCAACACCACCGACCCGCAGGCGCUCGACGACGACGACGCAGACGACGAUGACGACGACGACGACGCAGACGACGACGCGGACGAUGACGACGAUGACGACGACGACGACGACUACGAGGCGGGCGAGGACUACAGCGACGACGACGACGACGUCGACCUGAAGGUGAAGCUCGUGGAGAAGCCCAAGCAGAAGGCGAGCAAGAGCAAGCAGGCGGCGGCGGCGGCGGGCGAGGUGGUGAGCCUGCAGGUGCGCCUCGUGGACCGCAACGCGAGCCGCCUCGAGUACACGGUGCUGGAGACAGUGGAGGCGCGCGGCGGCGGCGCGGCGUGGGCGCUGGGCGCGGCGGCGGCGCUGCUGCUGCUGCUGGGCGCGCUGGGCGGGCUGCUGGCCGCGCGCCGCCGCCCGCAGCAGCGCUACAACAGCGCGCUGGCGGCCGCGCUGCAGCGCUCGCGCAAGGACUGCGGGCUGGUGUACCGGCCGCUGAGCGAGGAGCUGCCCCCCCGCGCGCCGCACCAACGCCCGCUCAUCGUCAGCGCCGACUACGCGCCCGGCGCCGCCGAGGCCGUCUGAGCACACGCCACGCCCACACUCGUACAAUAAGCAGCCAGCGCUAGUCACAUUAUUAUGCAGACAAAUUUUAACGUCGUCUAUUAUUAUUAGUGCCUUAACCACGAUCCCGCGAACAAUCAACUCUCAAUCUCUAGCGCUUCUCUUGAUUUUAUUUUUUUCAAAAGAGAAAUGAAACAAAACUUUAAGUCAAGAUUUUUACAAUAAAUUAAUUUAAGAUAUACAUAUUAUUAUUAUUAUAUAUUUUACAAAUUAGUUGAUAGGUCUAUUUUAUGUACUUAAAAAUAAUAAAAAUUAAAUACUAACGA